AUGUUACAUGCAGAAACUCAUGUAAGAUGGGUAUGGAUACAGAAAGAAACGAUUACCGUGGUUAUGAUACUCGUCAACCAAUAAUGGCCUGAUUACAACAUUCUACUGUUGCAUGGUUCAAUUGCACUGCAAGGAGAAUAAUAAUAUUCAAGGAAAUAAAUGGCUACUCUUGCAGAUAUUGUUGUUUCAGCAGUUAUUAAUCUUCUAUCUGCAAUUGCAUUCCUUGUGGCAUUUGCUUUAUUACGUCUCCAACCUUUUAAUGAUCGAGUGUACUUCCCAAAAUGGUACCUUAAGGGGAUGAGAAGUAGACCAAACUGUUCUGGAGCAUUUGGAAACAAGUUUGUCAACUUGGAUUUUAGAACAUACAGAAAUUUUUUUAAUUGGAUGCCGACAGCAUUGAAAAUGCCAGAACCCGAGCUUAUUGAUCACGCAGGACUUGAUUCUGCUGUGUAUAUUCGAAUUUAUCUUCUUGGCUUGAAAAUAUUUGUUCCACUAACUGUACUUGCUUUUGCCAUCUUGGUGCCUGUUAAUUGGACUGAUGGGAGGCUAGAGAAUAUUAAAGGUUUAACAUUUAGUGACAUUGACAAGCUUUCAAUUUCCAAUGUGUCAACAGGUUCAAAAAGGUUUUGGGUGCAUUUGGUGAUGUCUUACAUUUUUUCAAUAUGGACAUGCUAUGUGCUCUAUAAAGAAUAUGAUAAAAUAGCUUCUAUGAGGCUUCAUUUUCUUGCAUCUCAGAAUCGUCGUCCGGAUCAAUUUACAGUUCUUGUGAGAAAUGUCCCUUCAGAUCCUGAUGAGUCAGUUAGUGAGCAUGUUGAGCAUUUCUUUUGUGUGAAUCAUCCAGAUUACUAUCUUUGUCAUCAGGUUGUGUGCAAUGUAAACAAGCUUUCAGAACUGUUGAAGAAAAAGAAGACUUUGCAAAACUGGCUUAAGUACUACCAAAAUAAAUAUAAGAGAGAUCCUGCAAAAAAGCCAACAGUAAUGACAGGUUUCUGGGGCAUUUGUGGGAAGACUGUGGAUGCAAUUGACUUCUAUACUGCUGAAAUUGAAAAAUUGUCAACAGAAGAAGCUGCAGAAAGGAAAAGGGUUAUAAGUGACCCUAAGUCUAUAAUUCCAGCAGCAUUUGUUUCAUUCAAAACACGAUGGGGGGCAGCUGUUUGUGCUCAAACUCAACAAUCAAGUAAUGCAAUUAUUUGGUUGACAGAGUGGGCUCCUGAGCCUCGCGAUGUCUAUUGGGAUAAUCUUUUAAUACCAUAUUUUCAACGGAUUAUCCGAAGAUUGAUUAUGGCUGUUAUGCUUUUUCUCCUUACAUUCUUCUUUAUGAUUCCUAUUGCAUUUGUCCAAUCCCUAGCAAACAUUGAAGCGAUCCAGAAGGUUGUGCCUUUCUUAAGGCCAUUAAUUAAAAGGGAGGUUGUCAAGUCUUUCAUUCAAGGUUUUCUUUCUGGAAUUGCAUUGAAAAUAUUCCUUCUUGUACUCCCAAAUAUACUGAUGACCAUGUCCAAGAUAGAAGGUCAUACAUCUCUGUCAUCUUUGGAGAGGAGGUCAGCUGGGAAGUAUCACCUAUUCGUACUUGUGAACAUAUUUCUUGGGAGCGUAAUCACAGGAACCGCUUUUCAACAGCUCUAUCAGUUUAUCAACCAACCUCCACAUGAAAUUCCAAAAACAGUUGGUGUCACCAUCCCUAUGAAAGCCACAUUCUUUAUUACUUAUGUAAUGGUUGAUGGUUGGGCUGGAAUAGCUGCAGAGAUUCUUAGAUUGUUUCCAUUAAUUGUAUUCCACCUAAAGAAUACAUUCUUAGUGAAGACAGAUGAAGAAAGAGAAGAAGCAAUGGAUGCUGGGAGCAUAGAUUUUGCUUCAUUUGAACCUCAGAUACAAUUAUACUUCUUGCUUGGCUUUGUCUAUUCAGUAGUGACACCUGUCAUUCUCCCUUUCAUUGUCAUCUUCUUUGCUCUGUCCUAUGUGGUUUUUCGUCAUCAGAUUAUCAACGUAUAUGAUCAGAAAUAUGAGAGUGGGGCAGCAUUCUGGCCAGAUGUACAUCGCCGUUUGGUUAUUGGGUUGAUCAUUUCACAACUCCUGCUAAUKGGAUUGAUGGGCACAAAAGGAGCUGGCCUAGCAUCAUUACUCAUUCCAGUUCCUGUAUUGACCAUUGGGUUCCAUAGGUUCUGCAAAGUUCGUUUUGAAUCAGCAUUUGUGAAAUUCCCUUUACAGGAUGCAAUGAGAAAGGAUACAUUAGAGCGUGCAAAAGAGCCCAAAUUUAACUUGAAAAUCUACCUCCAGGAUGCAUACAUGCACCCAGUCUUAAAGGACAACCAAUCGGAGAGGUCAUCAUCCAUUAAUGAGGAAGAGUACAAUCAACCUGUGCAAACCAAGAGAAAUUCUGCUUGGAGUACACCCAAUCGGGAACAACAUGGUUCUCAAGCUGGUUCAAUGUAAGAAGCUCGUGUUUAUCUUCGCAUGCAGGAGGGAUGGUUUUAAAUUUUAAUGGAGGGAAAAUUGAAGACGACCAAUCCUAGU